CAACGCACACGUCACAUCAUUCACACAUGCGUGUCCUUCCUCCACACACCACCAAGCACCACCAACACAGGUCCUUUCCCUCGACGAUGAGUGGGUACAACCACAACAGCCACGGAGGCGGCACCACGACGGUGAUCCGCUACGACCACCGCACGCACACGGCAACGUCCACAACGACCGCGGGACCGUACCCUCCUCAGCAGAACCAGCAGCAGAUUGACGCCUCCAAAUAUCUGGAACCCGAUCGCAGCUUGUACACAAACGAAUGGGAUGAGGGCUUCUGGAGCGCACCCUGCGCCGACCCAGGAUUCUUUUGCCUCUCUAUCCUCUGCAGCCCGUGUGUUUCCUUCCACUUGCGACAGCGAUACUACCAGAACGAUCUCAGCAGAUACGAGUGCUGUGCUGGCAAAUAUGGCAUCCUGCCGUGCGAGUGCUGCUACUGCCGUGAUUCUGCGUGCCCCGGCUGCUUGCUCGCUGCUGAGGUGGUCCUUUUCCACCCGUGCUCCAUUAUGGGCACCAGGAUGGCGCUGCAGGACGACCUUGAGCUCAAGAACACGUGCUGCGACAAAACCAUGCUGUGCAUGCUGGGUCUGGUGAAAGCAGCCGCUGCGGUGCUCAAGUGCAUUGGCUGCCGCGCGCAAGCAAACCUCUGCACCUGCAUGGGCGACACCGCUUUUACGCUCAUCUGCGGGUGCAUCCAGACGCAGAACAAGCUGCAACUGGACGCACGUGACGCGGCCAUCAGCGCGGGCCGCAACCCCGUCAUCACCCGCCAGCCAACCGACAAAGACCCGCUCGUGCCUCGUGCACCACCGCCGUACGGGCCUUAAACAUGGCUGUGCAGCUGGCACGGUACUAUCAUCGUUCUCGUCGUCGUCGUCGUCGUCGUUAUCGCUGUCAUUGUGAAAGUGGCAGUUGUCUGUCGUUCCUGUUUCUGCAUCAGCAGUGCGGCAACUCCUGUUGUUGCCGUUGUUGGAGCAGUGGAGUUUGCAAUUUAGAGGGCGUAGAAGGUUCAUGUUGCGGUGACAUGUGUCACUAUCAAAGAGUUACAUUACAUCAUCAUCGGUGUCUACGUCGCGCCUUUUUGUGUGUAUGUGCAUGUGUGUGGCGUUGAGGACUUCAUGUGCCUUGAAAUGUCUACUUGUCAUUGUGGUAGCUGAGCGGUAUAGUACACAACACAGCAGC